AUGUCCGCAGUAACUAACUUAUCGAAAGUGAAUAUUAAUGAAAAAGCGUCACUUUUCUCUGCACAUUGGACGCCAAAAAUAAUUGGUGAACUUAAUGGACAACAUGUUAAAUUAGCUAAAUUAUUAGGUGAAUUUGGAUGGCAUUCACAUAAAGAUGAAGAUGAACUUUUUCUAGUAAUUAAAGGACAAGUUGUUAUACAAUUAAGAAAUAAUCAAAAUGGAGAUAUUCUUCUUAAUGAAGGUGAUAUGUUUAUUGUUCCACGAGGUGUUGAACAUAAUCCAAAAGCAGAAAAUGGUGAAUGUACUGUCCUAUUAUUUGAACCUGCAUCAACAGUAAAUACAGGUGGCGAAAGAAAUGAUAAAACACAUUUAGAACUUGAACACAUUUAA